AUGAAGCUACCCCAUAGAGUUAUUCUUUUUACUUGGAAGUGCCUCAAGAAUGUUGUUCCAACAAGAGAAAGACUAGCUCAACACAAUCAUUCUAUAGAACAACAUUGUAGUGUUUGUCAAGUUGAUGAAGAAUCUCUCUUUCAUUUGUUGCUCACUUGCAUCCAUGCCAAAGCUGUCUGGAGGUUACUGAAUAUCAACAUUGAUCAAGUUAUCAUGAACUACCACAAUAUUCAGGACUGGAUUAUUUCGUGGUUCAUUAAUGUUAGUAAUUCAAACUCUGAAGAACUUGAUAUCUUGAUGAAAACUCUCAUGGUGGCAUGCUGGAUUAUAUGGAAGGAAAAAUGUGAAUGUGUCUUUGAGGAUAAAACUCUAAACCCUCUUAGCACUGUAGCAAGAAUAAAAUUUCAGUUGAUCAGUUUUUCAAGCAUACCUAGACAAAAUAUAGAUAGUCAGGCUAGUGUAGUACAUAGAAACUGUUUUUCAAAUAUGCCUGUUGAUGUUAACUCUUUUACUAUUUAUGUUGAUGCAUCAUUUGGGUAUGAUACUAAUGACUGCGGCACUGGUAUGGUGCUGGUUUCUACUGCAGGUGAAAUCACAGGACUCAAAGGCUCCUAUGCAUAUAGAAUAAGAGAUUCAGAGGAAUGGGAAUGUGCAGCUAUUUUGGAAGCAGUGAGAUGGUUCAAAGCAUUGGGUCACACAAAAAUCAACAUCAUAGAUGAUGCACAGAAUGUCGUCAAUUCAAUUACUUCUGAUAAUCUCUUUGUCAGAUGGGAAUAUAGGAAAACAGUUAGAGAUAUUAAGUUGCUUUUAAACUCAUUCAGUUUUUGGAGUUUUAAUCACAUUAUGAGAGUCAAUAAUGGUUAG